CCUGUUAUCCAAUCAGAUAGCCUUUCUUUCCCAUGGCUUCGUGAUUCCUCCAUCAAAUUUUACUUUCGUCAUUUGUUUCCCGAUCUUUCCACCACCACCGCUCACUUUAUCUUUCCCUCGGAGCUCGACCCUCUUCCUUUUUGUGUCUUGGACCUCUGAGUUUCCCCUUCACCAUCGGCUAUUUCAGGUACAGUGCAAAGGGAGUGCAUUGAUAGCAGGUCCAGAGGAAAACGAGGCCGGAUAAGGAGGCCACAGCAAAGGGCGAUUGACACCGUCCGUCUUCAACCACUUCACCUAAUCAGAUUCCACCUCGGUCGGGCACCUCGGUCGGCGUUCUUCGCUUACGUCCUCCUCAGAUCACCGCCAUGGAAGAAACCACCAUCACCUUCUCCUUCUCAACUCUCAUUUCGAUAAAAUUGCUUUCCCGGAAAGCCAUAAUUGAUGGACUGCUUCCGACGCUUCAUUUGGAAUUGUUAUCGCUCUAUUGCUUUUUGGGAAUACUGACGUUUAGUCCAACACCUUAACUCCAGCCCUAGAUGGCACUGAUGUUGUUUCGGUCAUCUCGAUCGUUUUCUACGACAAUUGAAGGUCCCUCUGUUCACCCAAUUUCUUCACUUCUAACAUCUUCUCUCAGACGUCCUUCAAACCGUUUGAAUUUCGUUCCAACUGCUCGACGAAAUGCAUGAAUCAGGGUGCCAAUGUUGAACCCUUUUCGUAUACUUCCAACUUACUGUUCUUGAACCCUUUCUACCUUCUGAUUCCAUAUCCAAACUGAUUUCUUCAUUGAUUGUGAAAAGAAACCUCCGAGGGCCACAUAAAUUAUGAAGCCUCAUGAGUUCAAGAUCGAUGCUUUCUUCACCGAAACCCUUCAAUGGCGGAGUUGGUUUGUAUCAGGUUCUCUCAUCAGAUCAAAAAUUGAACAAGAAACUGUUCCACUCCAUUGUCAGAAAAGCUCUAAUCGUCUCCAUGUUGUAAGAGGGUAGAAGUAGAAAUAUCCUCUAUGACGCCUUAGUUGACACGACCAAUCUUUACAGAAGAGAAUCUGGAAUCUGGGAUUCAUUUAGCGAGUGCAAAGUUCUACGAUUUCUUUUGAAUCUCUUAUCCAACAAAGAAGCAGAGAGAUAUUUUGAAGACUUCAUAUCAACACUUUAUUCAUUCCUUUCAUUUUGUUGUUAUAUGAAAAGGUCCAUGAAGAACAACUCGAUAAAGAAUCAGGUAGAUUUUUUCGGUGUGCAUGUUGUUGACUUUGUUUUGAUGAAUUCCUAGAUUAUUUAUGCAAUUUAUGCCAUCACCAAGUGAUUCUUAUGAUAAAGUAAUUGAAGAAAAAGUAAAUGAGAUUGAAGUUAAAGAAGGAACAAAUGCAGUUGUUGAUGUGAAUAAUCAUGGUAGAGGAUAUUAUGAUUAUUCAGCAAGUUUACCAAUUGAAUUUUAUCAUUAUUAUCAUGGAAGUAGGACUGAUAUGGGGACGCUAAUUGAGGGUGUUGCUGAGUCUAUGCUUUACAUUCGGCUGCUUUUUAGCAUUUUUAUUUGGCAUGUUUUGGGUGCGGAUGAUAUGUUGAAGGUGCAGUGGAAGCAAGCAAAAACUACUUGAUAUAUAAAACUAUUGUAAAUUGUAAAUCUGUGACUCCUGCAAAGCGGGAUUCUUCUCUAGUUUCCUUUAACUGAUAAAGGAAGGUUCAGAAAAUACAUAUGCGAAAAAUAUAUAAGUGGUGAAAUUGUUUGUCCCUAUGUAAAUGUUAC